CUGACUGUCGCUCUGACGCCGCUCUGCUUCCUGGUUAUAGCUGUCAAACAUACAAGCUACUGGUUUUGGAUAACAACCGAUGUCUCCGCCUUGCAUCGCCCGGAGCGAGAUUUAAUCAGCCACAAAACAAGAAAUCCUGGACGAUGGCGUUCAGGAAGGCUCUGAAAGGGACGGUGAUCAUAGGCGGCGGGGUCGCCUCAGUGUUUGGCCUGUCGCAGCUGCUCGAGUACAGGAAGACGCAGCAUGGAUUGGCUCGGUUAGCCCACGUGGCAGCAGAGGCAGAGCUGAGGGUUCCCUUCGCCGACGAGUUCCCCGGUCGGCAGGCCCAGCUCGCGGCGCUGCAGGACACCGAGGAGUUUGACGUCCUGGUUGUGGGAGGAGGAGCCACGGGAGCAGGAUGUGCCUUAGACGCUGUCACGCGCAACCUCAAGACUGCCCUCGUAGAGAGAGACGAUUUCUCUUCGGGGACAAGCAGUCGGAGCACCAAGCUGAUCCACGGUGGAGUCCGCUACCUCCAGAAGGCCAUCAUGAAGUUAGACUACGAACAGUACAUGAUGGUGAAAGAGGCCCUCCAUGAGCGAGCCAACCUCCUGGAGAUCGCACCUCACCUAUCUGCACCGCUACCCAUCAUGCUUCCUGUUUACAAAUGGUGGCAGUUGCCUUACUACUGGGUGGGGAUCAAGAUGUACGACUUGGUGGCGGGGAGCGAGAACCUGAAGAGCAGCUACGUCCUCAGUAAGACCAAGGCCUUGGAGCAUUUCCCCAUGCUGAAGAAGGACAAGCUGGUGGGCGCCAUCGUCUACUACGACGGGCAACACAACGACGCCCGUAUGAACCUGGCCAUCGCCCUCAGUUCCGCCCGCUACGGCGCUGCCAUCGCCAACUACACCGAGGUGGUCCGCCUGCUGAAGACAAACGACCCGCAGACGGGCAAGGAGAAGGUGUGUGGCGCCCGCUGCAGGGACGUCAUCACAGGAAAGGAGUUUGACGUGAAGGCCAAGUGUGUCAUCAACGCCACGGGCCCGUUCACAGACACCCUGAGGAAAAUGGACAACCAGGAAACCCCAAACAUCUGCCAACCCAGCGCUGGUGUUCACAUCGUCAUCCCCGGUUACUACAGCCCUGACAACAUGGGUCUGCUCGAUCCGGCGACAAGUGACGGGCGUGUCAUCUUCUUCCUGCCCUGGGAGAAGAUGACCAUCGCCGGGACGACCGACACGCCCACUAAUGUGACGGCCCACCCCAUCCCGGGGGAGAACGACAUCAACUUCAUCCUGAGAGAGAUCCGAAACUACCUCAGCCCUGACGUAGAAGUGCGCCGCGGAGACGUGCUGGCGGCGUGGAGCGGCAUCCGUCCCCUGGUGACCGACCCCAACUCCAAAGACACUCAGUCCAUCUGCAGAAACCACAUCGUCAGCAUCAGCGAGAGCGGAAUGGUCACCAUCGCUGGUGGGAAGUGGACGACCUACAGGUCGAUGGCUGAGGAGACUCUGGACGCAGCCGUCAAAGCUCACAGCCUGUCAGCUGAGCCCUGCAAGACCGUCGGUCUGAUGCUGGAGGGCGCCAAGGGCUGGACGCCGACGCUCUACAUCCGCCUGGUGCAGGACUACGGACUGGAGAACGAGGUUGCUCAGCACCUGGCUUCGACUUACGGAGGAAAGGCGUUCGACGUGGCCAAGAUGGCUCAGGUCACCGGGCAAAGGUGGCCGAUCGUUGGGAAAAGAUUGGUGUCUGAGUUCCCUUACAUCGAGAGCGAGGUGCUGUAUGCGAUUAAGGAGUACGCCUGCACAGCCACUGACGUUAUCGCCCGGCGAACACGUCUGGGCUUCCUCAACGUGCAGGCGGCGGAUGAGGCGCUCCCACGCAUCGUGCAGAUCAUGGGGAAAGAGCUGGACUGGAGUGAGGAGAAGAAGACGGCGGAGCUGGAAGCAGCCAGGAAGUUUUUGUACCUUGAGAUGGGCUACAGGUCUCGCUCUGAACAGCUGGAGAAGACAUCUCAGAUCAACCUGGACAACCAGGAAGUAGUCAGGUACAGGAAGCGUUUCCACAAGUUCGACAAAGAGAGCAAAGGAUUCAUCACAACUGUUGACGUCCAGCAGGUUUUAGAAAGCAUCAAUGUCACCAUUGAUGAGAAUGCGCUCCAUGAAAUCCUUAAUGAGGUGGACCUCAACAAGAACGGACAAGUGGAGCUUGAUGAGUUCAUGCAGCAACAACAAACAGCUGAUGAGCGCGGUGAAGAAGGGACAAGUGUCGGACAGCCGUCUGGCCAUACUGAUGAAAACGGCGGAGGAAACUCUGAAUAAAAAACGAGGGCCUGUGACGGUGGACCGGAGCGGGGGCGGAGUCUGAGCCCGAGGAAGAAACAAAACAGCUACUGGUCCUUUAAAAGGGUGGUGAUGACAGACCGGUCUCAUGCAAAUGGCGCUAUUUGAAUGACAAUAAUGCAAUCAAGCACGCGGUCGGGAUGAAUUCAGCCAAAUCAAAGCGUCACUCCUGAGUGUGUUUGGAGUGAAAUCGUAUCUAAUGAUUGAUUGUUUUUCAUGAAGAGUCUCAACAUCUGGUGCCUCUGGUGUUACACUGCACUUCUGUUUUAUACUGUCUUUUAAAACUUUGAUAUUUUAAUCAUUAACACACUCCUUUCUAACUUUAUCGACACUGAUUGUUGGGGAACACUGUCCUCAAUGAGAUGCAGCUCUUACUGUAUGCUUUAUUUUACGGGUCCAUCCUAAUAAUUCCCUUAAAGUUUCCUAGAAAGUAACCUUGUACUAAUUAUAAGGAACAUUUAAAGCAUAUAUAUAAACCUUAUUUUACCAGUAAUUAGUAACAAAUAACCAAUUCUAUCCAGGAAACUUUAAAAGAAUGAACAAGGACUCCUAAAUUAAAGCCUCACCGAUCAAUUAAAUGUGUUGUUUCUGAUCUUAGCAUGUUACAAGCGCCUGUCAGGUAAUAUUUAAUGGUUCUUAAAGCACUCUGAGAUGUUUCUGAAGUACUUCUAGUACUGCUGAUCUGCGUUAAGUGUACUUGUCUACUGUGUUGUUCCAUUUAUUGCACUACCAGCAAACUACUACCGACAAACUGAGGUUUACAGCACAUGGUUUCCAGCUUUAGCGUAACUGAGGACGAUUAAUCUUUAUUAUUUAUUCCUUUUUCAUGUCACUGCAGCCGUUAAUAGACAGAAAUACAUUUAAUUAUGUUGCAUGAGAAAAUUCUCAAAGGGACUUUUUAUUUUUUUUUGCAUGCUACAUAUUAACCUCUAAAUAAUGUAAAGCAAAAUCUUUAUUUUUACAACGUGUAUUCAUUCUUUUAUUUCUUGUGCUUGUGGUGGAGAGCAGAGCGAACGUAUAUAUUAAUCCUGCAUGCUGUCAGCUGAUGUUUUUAUUGUUUCUGUGUAACACAAAUAGGACAUUUUUAAUCCAGCAUGGACGUCACGUCGGAGCAUGUGUUGUGGUUUUAAGGAAACGAAAAGGCAGUGCACUGUGUGAUACGUGUGAUAUGUGCCUUGAUGUGCCUAUUAUAUGACUCUCUUUCAUACACUCCAUGUUAAACAAAUUAUGUUAAAGAAUGUAAAGAUAUUUAAAGAAGAGUUGUUAUAUAAAGAGUAGAGUUUAAACUG